CAGCAAUACCAUCGGGAUAAUGCAAAUUGUCCUUUCAAUACAAUGUGUACCUGUCAAUGGAGUUUACCUAAUGAUGAGGCCAUUACUCUACAAUAUGGUGAAGAAAUUGAAGGAAUGGAUAUAAAUAAUUUACAAAGUGUUGCAUGUCUUGGAGUGCCAUUGACUAAGUUACCAACUUUACCACAGGGGCGUAUUGUACAAAUGGAUGUUGCCGAUUCAGGAUUAGGUGCUAUUCACGCUGAAUCAUUGUCUUCAUCGACAAUUGAAUCCCUUAGGUUGAUGAAUAAUAAUAUUCGGCGUAUUGAAGAUAAGGCGUUCAGUUCAAUGGUGCAAAGUUUAUCAUCGCUGGAUUUGGCAUAUAAUAAUUUCGAUUCAAUACCAUUUAACGCAUUACAUGAGUUACAAAAUUUACAAUGGCUGAAUUUAAUCGGAAAUCAAAUUCGUUCGGUGGAAGGCGAUUGGUCGUUUAUGCAAAACACAUUAACAUCACUGUUAGUUAGCGAAAAUGAUAUCACAAAAUUACCUAGAAUUGAAACCGAUGAACAAGAUUCAAACACAAUGUCCAUAAAAAAUCUUCGCGUCCUAACAACUCUAAACUUAGACGGCAAUAAAUUAAUUAACGUCGAUGAAUUUUCUUUACCAAAAACUUUACAAACAUUAGGAUUAAGCAAUAAUUUAAUAAAAGACUUCCCAAUAAAGUUACUAGAAUCAUUACCCCGAUUACAAUGGUUAGAUUUACGUAUGAAUCAAAUUGGGCAGAUACCCAUGCAUACAUUUCAACCAUUUAAACAAAUGGAAAAAUUUGAUCUAGGCGAAAAUAAUAUUCACCAUCUCGAAAAACAUUUGUUUAAUCACACAAUCCAAAUACAUGAUUUUAUAUUAGAUUUUAAUUCCAUUGUCGAAAUACACAACGAAACAUUUUUUGGAUACAAUCAGGUUAUUGAAAUGAAUGAAAGUGAUUUAAAUGAUUGGUCUAAAAAUUUAAAAACAUUAGUUUUACGGAGCAAUCGUAUUACAUAUUUAGAUGAAAAUACAUUUAAUUUUACUCAAGAUUUACGUGAGUUAAGUUUGAGCUUUAAUCCAUUGAAUUAUUUACAUCCAAACUUAUUCAAAAGUAUUGGCAAGACUUUAGAAACUUUAGAGUUAUCAUUUGCGUUGUCCGAUGAACUGUAUCCUUACGAGAUACUAAAGCCUUUAGUAAAUCUUCUAUGGCUUUCUAUUGAUAACAACAAUAUCGAAGUAUUACCAAAGUAUGCUUUUGAUUCAAUGCAAAAUCUACAAUAUUUAACAUUUGAAUCAAAUAAACUUAUCAAUUUAGAAACAAACACUUUUAAAUCAGAUAUUCAUACACAAUUAACAGAUUUACGAUUAUCAAAUAAUCGUCUCGAAGCGAUUAAUUCACACACAUUUCAAUCAUUAGAAUCUUUACAAAGUAUUGCAUUAGAUGGAAAUAUUUUAAAAAAACAUACAUUUUUUGGAUUAGAAUCACUACAAAUAUUAGACUUGUCAAACAAUAGUAUUGAACAACUUCAUAUUGGACAAUUUUCUAAUCUUAAAGAAUUACGUAUAUUAAAUUUAGAACAUAACCAUUUACGAUUUUUACCAAAGGAUUUGUUUCGUAAUACCAAAUUAGAACGAUUGUUAUUAAAUUCCAAUGAAUUUAUAACCGUUCCUAAUGCUAUUUAUGAUAUUGGAUUCACGCUACGUGAUUUACAAUUAUCUGAUAAUAAUAUUGAACAUAUUGAUAGUACAAUGUUUUUAUCAAUAUCAAAUUUAUUAAAUUUAGAUUUAAGUAAAAAUCGAUUGAACUUAAUACCUGAUAAUGUAUUUACUAGUUUAAGUCAUUUGCAAAAAUUGGAUUUAAGUUCAAAUCCAUUACGUGCCAAUUAUAAAGAAUUAUUCCAUUAUGCACAAUCAUUAAAACAUUUAAAUUUAGCUAAUGUUGGUAUGCGUGUUAUACCAGCAUUACCUUUACCAAAUUUAAUAUAUUUAAACAUAUCAGCAAAUUUGAUAGACGAUAUACCUAAGUAUGCAUUUAAAAGUUUAGUAAAAUUACGAAUAUUAAAUUUAAAAAAUAAUAUGUUAAAGACUGUACCUUCACAUGCAUGGACCUAUUUACACGAAUUAAAAAAAUUGGAAUUGUCACACAAUCCUAUCAAGAAUUUAGAUUAUUUAUCAUAUUUUGAUCCUGAAGCACUUACUCAUUUGAAGCAUUUGAGUGAAUUAACCAUACGUCUUACAAGUAAAUUAUCAUUGAAGAAAAUUUUAUCUAACAUCACAUCCUUGCAAACAUUGUCUUUAGAAGUCACAGAGCCACACCUUACAAAGGAACAUUUACAUGGGAUAUUAACGACACGUAUAAAAAAUUUGGAAAUUUGGGGUGCAGAAUUGAAAUCAAUAAGUGAAGGCGCAUUUAAUGAUUUAGAAAAUAAUGCCGAACUUCUAUUAAAAAUACGUCACACUCAAAUUGAGGAGCUAUCUAGUGGUAUAAUUUCAAGCUUUUAUCGAGUACCACAUUUACGUCUUGAUUUUAGGCAUAAUCAAAUGCAAUCAAUAACACCAGAUAUAUUUUAUAUGAACAUGACUACGUGGGAAAAUCUUGGAACAAAAUUAAUAUCAGGUGGAAUAUUGCUAAGUGAUAAUCCUUGGGCGUGUGAUUGUCGUUUAAUAUGGUUAGGUCAUUGGCUACGUCGAUGGCUUGUUGAAAGUUUACAAGUUCAUUCUAUGAAUCCAGAUAAUGCCCAAAAUGCACGUGAUCAAAUUCGGCGUGCAUAUUGUACACAUUUGGAUACUGGUACAAGAACACCAAUAGUUGAUCUCCGUCCAGAGCACAUGUCCUGUGAAGCGAGUGCUUUAAGCAGAACAACACAGCUUACAUCACAUUCCAUUCACUAUCUUAAAACAUUAAUUACAUCAUUUGUAAUUUUAAUUACACUCAAUUGUGUGGUCGAUAUUUACAUAUAA